AAAAUGUCAUCUCCCUUCUCUUCUCUCGGCAAGAUUCGCAGAAUGCCACUUCAGUUGCAGCCAACAGAGAAAAAGGGAGGACCACCCCCGAUAAAUAUCCAGAAUGAGGAUGAAGCUGCUAUGAUGGAUGAAAUUCUAGGGCCAGGAGCUCAAAUUCCAGUACAAAUUAAUUUGCCUUCUUGCUCAAAUGGAGCUACAGCACAAUCAACCAUUCUUGGGAAUGCUCCCAGUGAUAUGGAAUUGAUGACUUCUAUGAUGCAGAAGAUUGCUUCUUUGGAGCGGAAAGUCAAGAGCCAAGCACAAGCAAUCCAAGAGAAGAAUAAGAAGAUCAGAGAACUUGAGGAGCAGAUCAAAACCCUUCAGAAGAGAACAGAAAAAACGUCAUCAGGGACAACCCGAGUUGAGGAAUUGGAAACGUUAUGCCUUCAGCUGCAACGUCAGGUUUGGGAAAUGGAGCUUUUUCUGAAUGACUAUGGAUUGAUCUGGGUUGGGGAAGACCCUGAUUCUUUGAGAGAUCUGGAGUCACAAGAGGAAGAAGAAAGCCUGACAUCAAAAACUUUUUGGAAACCAGGUGAAGCCAUCAUUUCUGAAACCCCAAUCAAUUUUGAUUUGAUUUUCAAGAAUCUGAAAGAUUUGAAUGUGUUAGCUGGAGAAGGUGUGUCCCAAAUCAAACACACUACAGGUGGAGCUCGGUUGAAGCGCUUGGAUUCGGUUCCGAUCACCUUCUAUCAGAAUGGGAUUGUCAUGUUCAAAGGGCCUUUCCGGUCCUAUGAAGAUCCUUCCACAAAGCAUUGCCUGCAAGAUAUCAUGGAUGGCUUUUUCCCUUCUGAGCUGCAAAGUCGUUACCCCAAUGGUGUCCCAUUUCAGGUCACCGACAGGAGGGAUGUCUCCUUUCAAGAACGGAAACUGCCAGGGUAUUUUCCUGGCUAUGGCCAGGCUGUUGGGCGUUCCAAACCAAGUGGCAUAAAGGAGACAAAUGAAAUCUCAGGUCCCAAGCUCACCAUGGAACAAUUUUUGAACAAACUUCCAAAGUCACUGGUUCGAGACGGGCAAGUGAUAGAUAUCCGGGAAGAUCUUAAAAAGACCCUUCAGGGCCUGGAUGGAGCACAAAGCCACGAAGUAGUUUUGGUGGAGACGCCCAGCCUUACAGCACUGAGGAAGAGACUGGAAGGGAAGCAGAAGACAGAGUGUUCUGGCACCAACAUUUCAACUCUCCGCAUAAAGUCAGAGGAUGGAGAGAAGACAUACAUUGUCAAAAUGUCAUUCACAGAGACCAUUGGAGACUUGCGACAACAUCUUGCUCAGAACAGGGGUGAAGCACUGCAGCCCUAUGAGAUCCUCAGCACAUUUCCCCUGCAGGUGUAUAACAACGAUGCUGCGAGCCUGGAGGAAUGUGGGCUGGUCCCCAAUGCAUUUCUUCUGCUGAGGAAAAAACUCUCUCCUACCAAAGCAGGCGGGGAAUAGCUGUAAUGGAUCACAGUAGAUGAUGCAUCAGACUUGGCUGCCGUUCAGCUAGGACGUUGUGUGCCUUCUUCUCCUUCUCCAAGGUAUACGAACCAAAGGUCUAACUGUAUGAGAGCAGGUCCAGGAUGGAAACAAGUAAAACUUGUAGUUCCAGCUACACGGGUUAGAACUAGCCACUGUAUUCUGCCUUCCUGCCCCCCACCCCCACCCCCAUCCCCUAAGUAAACAAGCCAGGGCAAACUAAAGGAAGUUGAAUGGUUCAGAUAUAGUGCAGUGUUUCUCAAGCUUGGCAACAUUAAACUAUGUGGACUUUGUCAGAGUUUGUUGCAGAAAAUCAGAUCCGGACAGACACACACAGAUCACCGAUUCAACAGGAUUCAUUAACUUCUUUAUAUACAUAAUAACACAUGAAGUAAAUAUACAAUACCAAUGGCAGAUUUUCCUAUGUGGCAGCAGUUACAGGCAAAAAACAAGCAGAGGAGAGAAGAGUUUCGGUUUU